AUGGCAAAGAACAAGGACGAUUUGGUAGCUAACAGCAUUCGAUGCCUCUCGGCAGAUGUUGUGCAGCAGGCAAAAAGUGGUCACCCUGGUGCUCCAAUGGGUAUGGCCCCUGUGGCCUACCUUUUGUGGUCUGAAGUGAUGAAGUACAACAGCAAGGAUCCCUCAUGGGUAGACCGUGACCGCUUCGUGCUCUCUAAUGGGCAUGCAUGUGUUCUGCAGUAUGUGAUGCUACACUUGGCAGGCUAUGACCUCAGCAUUGAUGACUUGAAAAAGUUUCGCCAGAUGGAUUCACGCACUCCUGGACACCCGGAAAGAGGUGUUACCCCUGGAAUUGAAGUAACUACUGGCCCACUUGGACAAGGAAUCGCUCAGGGAGUUGGUCUUGCCAUCGCGGAAGCGCAAAUGGCCGCAACAUACAAUCGCCCAGGGCAUACCAUUUUUGAUCACUGGACAUACGUCUUUUGUGGUGAUGGUUGCUUGAUGGAGGGUGUCGGUCAAGAGGCUCUCUCCGUUGCGGGACACCUUGCUCUCGAAAAGUUCGUGCUUGUGUAUGAUUCUAAUCACAUCAGUAUUGACGGCAGCACUGACCUCGCUUUUACGGAGAAAUCAAAGGAAAAGUAUGAGGCUCUUGGUUUCCAUGUCAUUACGGUCCAAAAUGGUGAUUCAGACUUUGCCGCGCUUCGCAAAUCCCUCGCGGAGUGUAAGCAAGUAAAGGGAAAGCCUAAGCUUGUUAUUUUGAACACGACCAUCGGAUUUGGUUCUCGGUCUGCAGGUACUGAAAAGGUCCAUGGAGCACCUCUCGGUGAUGAUGAUAUUCAGCAGAUGAAGCAACACUUUGGUUUUGAUCCUGCGAAGAAAUUUCACGUGGAACAAGAAGUAUAUGAUGUCUUUAAGCAACACGUGGUUGAAUGCGAGAAAAAACAGGAGGAGUGGAAUGCAGCAAUGAAGAAAUACGCUACAGAAUUCCCUAAAGAGUUUGCAGCACUCCAGGAACAACUUAAGGGUGAACUUCCAGCUGGAUGGAAAUCAAAGCUGCCACUCAAUGAAAACUCUAUUGCCACACGUAAGGCCAGUGAAAACGCUCUUGGAGCAUUGUUGCCUCUUAUUCCUGCACUUGUUGGUGGAUCUGCAGAUCUUACACCGAGCAAUCUUACUCGUCCAGGUUCAGCUAAACUGGUGGAUUUCCAAAAAGAUACCCCACAAGGUCGCUAUAUACGUUUUGGUGUUCGUGAGCACGCUAUGUGUGCUAUUAUGAAUGGAAUGCACGCACACGGUGGGUUCAUUCCAUUCGGUGGAACAUUCUUGAAUUUCUUUGGUUAUGCUUUGGGUGCUGUACGUCUCUCAGCGCUCAGUCAUCACCAUGUUGUGUAUGUGGCUACCCAUGACAGCAUUGGCCUUGGCGAGGACGGCCCAACACAUCAGCCUGUGGAGCUUCUGACAGUAUUGCGUGCGACACCAAAUCUGCUGGUCUUCCGCCCAUCUGAUCAGACUGAGACAAGUGCCUCCUGGGCGGUGGCGAUGGAAAAUAAGAAGGGACCAUCCAUUCUUUGCCUGAGCCGACAGAACACUGUUCCGCAGUCUGCUUCAUCCAUGGAAGGUGUGGCAAAGGGCGCGUACGUGAUAUUGCCUGCAGAUAAACCACAACUUGUCAUUGUCUCAAGUGGUUCGGAAGUGUCUAUGGCUGUAGAUGCCGCCAAGCAACUCAGUUCUGAACUACGUGUGAUGGUUGUAUCCAUGCCUUGUCAAGAGCUCUUUGAAGAGCAAUCUCUGGACUAUCAUAAGACUGUCUUCCCUGACGGUGUUCCGGUGCUCUCCAUCGAACCAUACGCCAGCUAUGGAUGGGAGAAAUACUCUCAUCAUCAUAUUGGUAUGACUGGCUUUGGCGCCUCUGCUCCAGCAAGUGAGUUGUAUAAACGCUUUAAUAUCACGGUUGAGCACGCUGUUGAGGUGGGCCGCAAGCUGGCAGCAAAGUAUCCCAACGGCACUGCACCUGCCAAGCGAACGAGUAUCUGA